AUGGCCGAUGAUUGGAGUGCUGUCGAGGAGACAAUUUCGAAUGAUUCCAGCUUUUAUGGAGACGAGGAGAUGAAAGAUUCCUUGGAAGAGAAGGCGUCCGCCUACGACCCUCUUCCUUACUGGUCUCACAUUCAUCCGCACCAGCUUUCGACCAUUGCCCAUAGAAACCUCACUUCUUCCAGUUCAACAGCAGCAGCAGCAACAGCUGCAGAAGUUUCUACAGCGAAAUCCCUAGCUUCGCGUCGCCGUCACCCCCACGAUGGUCGCACCCACUGCUGGCAGGUGACGGAAUCAGUCUCAGAGUUUCUGAAACGACUACCUCCUUCGACGACCCGGGCAGAAGACAUCGGGCCCUGGAUCCACGUCCGCAACCCCCUCGACAAGACGGAUUACGACGCAACGAACAUCGCCGACCUCGUCGCCAAGGGCACCGAUCUCCUGCACAGCUUCGAAAACGAGAAAUCGAGGCUGGAAGCGGAGCAUGAGAAGAAGACCACGACCACGGGCACAGGCACGGGCAAAGGCAGAAGAACCACCGCCCCGUUGACGCGCAAGCUCAACGCCCUCCGCGAGCAGCUCAAGGCGGAUAUCUUUGCGGUCGCGCGCAGCGCGGGCGUUACCACGGGGAAAUGGAUGCUGUUCCCGACGGAGGAUCGGGUGGACGAGUUCUGGGCCGUGGUUGCAGAGGCGACCGUGAAGGGGGAACUAGGCGUGGAAGCAAAAGUCGCGACGAAGGAUGAGGAGGCCGGAGGUGCCUCCGCUGCCAGGUUGAUAGCGGUGUAUACGCAGGAUUUCGAGGACAAAGACGAUAUUCGACGGGUGUUGCUGAAGCUGGUGGAUCUGGGGCUCGUGAACGAGGACCAGAGACCCAUCUACUACAAGUGCGAUGCCUAUACGUAUCUGGAGAUCAAGAGCAGGAAUCCGUACGGAUUGAGUGCGAGUAUGUUUUCCAGUCGGGAUGUGCUCACGGGGAAGAUUUGA